AUGGUAGAGCUGAAACGAGACGCGGACAUGGGCGAUACGUCCCGCAGACCCAGCGCUGGGAAAUCUAUGUACAAACAGGAGCAAAUUACUACGAAAAGUCCCAAGAAACAUCCGAAAUUCACGGCGAAACUCGACUCGGCGGCACAGCCCAUGCCCCAGUCCACGCUCCAAAACUUGAAACGCAUCGCAUCGGACGAUAGUAUGACAAGCAUUCGCCGCACGGAUUCUAUGCGGAGCUUACGUGCACUUGCGCGUCUCAUUGAUAACCGAUCUGGCUAUUAUGAGUAUGCAAGGAAGAGCGCCGACGAAUUGGCACAGAUCAAAAACAAACGCGUGCGCGAAUAUUACGAGAAACAGAAUGAAGUGUUGGACGGGUGGCGCGAGGUCGACGAAGUCCUCGAGAGUCAGUUUCCCAUGGAAGUCAUGCGACGCUUUGCCCCUCCGUCCCAACUCAACAAGGAAGAGUUGCACGAUUACUGCACGUUUCGGCUACGGGAUCAUCCCUCCUCGCGCCAUACCCAUAAUUACGACGAUGACGGAUAUGUUACGGAUGAGGAAAGCGAUUCCAUAUGGACGAAUUUGUAUCCUAAGCAUAAGGUGCGCAGACAGCGUCGACUGAGCGAGCGGGCGCUUUCGACGCUUUCCGAGUUCCUCGAAGUUGAUCGCGGCGCACAAGCCGGUGCGACAACGCACCCUGGCAUGUCUUCGGACAGCUCGCCAGAGCGUAGCUAUUACUUUUCGCAGCACAUGCGCCACGUUUGCGCGCCCAGCACACUGCACGAUCUACAGGAAGAGAACAAUGAGAGCACCGACGGCUUCGACGAGGCGCCGCCCCGGGCCACCAACGCGCCAAGGACGGCCAAACGCAAGGGGCGCAAUAAGGUGCGCCAUGUACUUGCGAACAACCCUGCUGUUGCGGGCUACGGCACUAUUUCCCCCGGCAUGCCGGACCAGCCGGCAUAUACGCAAGCACUGGAUCGCACGCGUGCAGACAUGGUCUGGACGAAAGCAGACAAAGACCGCGAUGAUUUGUUGCAAAAUGUUCCAACGCACCAGCGUAAACUUGACAUGGACUCGUUUGUGCGAACAUGUAUUAGUGUCAACCUGCUGAUCAAUAUCCUGCUUGUCGCUGGCAAGAUCGUCGCCGUCUUUUCGUCCAAUUCGGUGUCUUUGAUCGCGAGUCUGGUCGACAGUGCAUUGGAUCUCCUGUGCACGGUGGUAAUCUUUGUGACUUCGAAAGCAACUGCGUACCGCAGCUGGCAUACCUUUUACAAGUACCCCGUCGGCAAGCGCCGGCUGGAGCCGCUGGGUGUGUUAAUUUUUAGUGUGCUCAUGGUCGUCUCCUUCAUCCAGGUGCUCCUGGAAUCGAUCAACAGGCUCUGGGCCAUAAUGCAGGGCAGAAUUGCGACUGGAAACCAGGAGCUACCUCGGAUUGGUAUUGUUUUUAUGCUGCUCACGAUCGUAAUUAAGACGGUGAUGUGGGUAUGGUGCAAGAACAGUAAGAGUUCGAGCGUGCGUGCAAUUGCACAAGACUCGGAGAACGACGUGGCAUUCAAUGCCGUUUCACUAGUGUUCCCAAUGCUUGACGACUAUCUGGGCACGCAUUUACUGGACCCCAUCGGUGGUACAUUGCUUUCCGUCUAUAUCAUCUCGGAGUGGAUCGCUACUAUGGCCAGUACGACCUCGAAGCUUACGGGAAAAGUGGCGGGUGCGCCGGAUGUGAGUCGCUGUGUUUAUAUGGUAUCGCGUUUUUCCCUUGUGCAGGCGAUUGCUGGAUUUGAAUUGUAUCACGCUGGUGAUACGAUGGUGGCAGAAGUGGAUGUUGUGCUUCCGCUGAGCUUCAAGUUGAAGGAAGCGCAUGAUUUAGGGGAGAUUAUCACGUACUGCUUCGAGUCCUUGUCUGGGAUCGAGCGUGCCUACAUCCAUCUGGACUAUAACCCAGCGGGCCAAUCCGGCCAUAUCGGCCAGCGUGGAUGA